AUGAGCAAGCCGCAAGCGCCGCCCGCCCACCACCGGCGCCCCGGCCAGCACCCCAAUCGCACGCCCGAGCACAAGCUCGACUUCAUCAAGCCGAAGUACAACAACACGCUGCCCGACAUCCCUUUCAAGGGCAAAUUCCUGCCCUGCCCCUUUCUUCAGCUUAACAGAUUCGUUGAGUACAAGCCGACGGAACUGGAGAAGAAGCAUGUGCAAGAGGUGCAGUGUGAAGCGGAUGUCGGCGUCAAGAUUGAUCUCAUCGACCCACUCACCUAUGCCCUACCCAAGAGGCAUAUCGAGCUUCACCCAAAAGACGAGGCGCUCGUCUCCGAGGAACCGACCGGCACGCAGAAUCUCAAGAGAUCCGCCCAACACUCCAAAUGGGUCCCCUGGAUGAGGAAGACCGAAUAUAUCGGAUCCGAAUUCAACAGAUUCGGCGUCUCGGCAGAUCGGCAAGAAACGAAAGUCGGCUACAAACGGCAGAAAGACAAGAAAGACGAAGAGGAGACACCGUUCAGGGAUCGACAAUCCGAGAUUGACAACAUCUCAAAGACGUUCAUCGAUGUGUCCAAGCCGGCGACGAAGCACUACAACAAGAAGGACGUCUAUGCCGUCGAGGAGUUCCCGCUGUUGCCCGAUUUUGAGCUGUGGAAAUACUCAUUCGCCCUCGUGCAAUAUGACGGCGAUCCGUCGCCGCUGAACGCCCCCGCCGGCCUGAAGAAGGAGAUGCUCGCCCAGGCUCAGAUCAGGGGUAUGCAGGACGAUUCGGGCGAGCAGUUCGUCACCCACUUUUGCCCGACCGUCGAGACGCUCGAGAAGCGGAUGGCCGACAAGGCCGCCGGGGUGCCCUAUAAACCCGAAGAGAAAUACGAGUACUUCCAAAAUCGCGAGUACACGUGGAACGUGCGCAACAAGGGCAGCCGCGGAUAUAUUCAGGACAGCUAUUUCCUGUCAUUCCGCCGGGAUGGUGUCUUCUACAACGAGCUGGACACGAACGUCAAGUUGACCAGGAAGACCAAGACCUUCAACAAGCGCGCCACGCUCGUGAUCACGCAUUGCGACCCGACCGAAGAGGAAAUCUCGCAGAUGGACCAUCGGCUGAGCAUGCUGCUGGAUAAGCACGCGGAGGAUGAGGAGGAGGAUGACGGGAAUGAGAGCGGAGAGGAGCCAGAGAAGGAGAAAGAGAAGAAGAAGGAGCACGAGGAGGAGGAGGAGGAGGAGGAGGGAGACAAGGACAAGGACAAGAAGAGGCCGUCCCCUCCCACUGGCCCUCGACGGGGACCCGUCAAGAGGGGACAAAUCAUCGAGGAGAUCGAACAGAUCGAGAGCAGCAGCGAUUCGCUAUCGGAGAGCAGUUCGAGUAUCGAGACCUCAUCCGACUCCGAU